AAAAUAAUGAUCAUUAUGCUGAUUUUCAUACAGUGUAUUAUAAUGCAACAACUGAAGAUCACCGUCUUACAUUAAUGCAAGCUGUGAAAUUAGCAGAACGAGCACCAAAUGGACUUUUUGUAAAUAUCAAAGUGUGUGAUUAUAUUGAAUGCUUCCAAUGUGGUAAACUUCGCUAUAUAUUUAGUAAUCAAGCUUUAAAUACUAAUGAAAAAAAAGAGUUAUAUUCUAUAAAAGAAGAAAUGAAUUAUAGCUAUAGUGCUUCAUUAGUUGAAGAGAAUCAUGAAUUCUACACUAAAGUUUUUGUAUGUGAAAAGAUUACUUGCGAAAUACCUAUUGAAUUAGCUUAUUAUUCUUCUAUUUUGCGUCGAAGUAAUUAUAAUUCACAAAUCUGUUAUUGGUGUGGAGUUGAUGGUGGUUUUGUUGAUCUUCCUAUUGAUAAAACAUCUAAAUAUAAGUUUGUAUUUCCAUAUUGUUGUUGGUGUUUAGAAAAAGGAAAGGAUUUUUUUUUGUAG